AUGGAGGAGCGGUACGCAGGAAUUCUUCAGAGCUGUCAACAAUCCUCAAUUUCUCCUGUUAAAUUUGUUCCAAAACAAGGAAGUGGAGCUGUCUUUGCCUUCACAUCACCUGAUCGAUUACAAAUGGAUUUCACAGUACAUCACGACUUGGUGGGAACUGCCUUAAAAAUUGAGAUUGGAUUUGACAAAGAAGGUCAGGAAAAGCGAUUCCUUAAAGUACCUUACUACAUCUCUCCUCACUCAGUCGUUCGAUUCAUUGUCGAUUUGAGCUACAACGAUUAUUUGAGCGUUCUGAGAGGAGAAAUGUUUGUCAAGGUUUCCUCUCUUCCAAACCCAGAUGGGCAUUUGAGAGCCCAAGUGUUGUGCAAUCUUGGAAAAGCGAAUGGAUGCUCUCUUCCAAAGCCAAUUGCAAAAGUCGAUAGAUGUGCUGUGUCGAGUUCAACCAUGGAUAUCUACACAGAUUUUGAGAAAACUAAAUCCAUGUGGACCUACGGAGUCUACCAACAUCCACAAGAUUCAGCAAAGGCCUAUUUGAACACUUCGUAUGUGGUUCCUGAAGAUUGUGGAACUUCCUCGUUGAGAGUAGGAUUCCAACGUGGCUAUCUCUAUAUGAAUCGAGUGGAUAAGAAUGCUGCAAGAGUGGAUUUUACACAGUACAAGUAUUUGGAAUUUAUUGUAAAGUCAUUGACAGGGGCUGUCAAAUUGGUGUUGUAUCUGUCUGAAACUGUGAACAAUGUGCUCGUCGAUUUACCUGCCAUAGCAAAACUGCCAGCGAAACAAACUUUUGGGAUUCGAGUAUUAAGAUUUCAUACUCGACAAAAAAAUGGGUAA